UGCCGGCACUUGUAUCGCCGCUUCUCGCCGCGGGCCCGCGCCCGGGCUGCCGAUCGCCGUCGCGCCGCUCCCCCGUCCGGCUCUAGCCAUGUCCAAGCCGCCCCCUAAGCCGGCCAAGCCAGGGCAGGUUAAAGUAUUCAGGGCCCUAUAUACGUUUGAGCCCAGAACGCCAGAUGAACUGUACUUUGAAGAAGGAGAUAUCAUUUACAUCUCGGACAUGAGUGAUACAAAUUGGUGGAAAGGAACUUGCAAAGGGAGAACUGGACUAAUUCCAAGCAACUAUGUGGCAGAGCAAGCAGAGUCUAUUGAUAAUCCACUUCAUGAAGCUGCCAAACGAGGCAACCUGAGCUGGUUGAGAGAGUGUUUGGAUAAUCGAGUUGGUGUCAAUGGCUUAGACAAAGCUGGAAACACAGCUCUGUAUUGGGCAUGCCAUGGAGGCCAUAAAGAUGUAGUAGAUGUCCUGCUUACCCAGGCAAACCUAGAGUUAAACCAACAGAACAAAUUGGGAGACACAGCUUUGCAUGCUGCUGCAUGGAAAGGUUAUGCAGAUAUUGUAGAGAUGCUGCUGGAAAAGGGGGCAAGAACAGAUCUGAAAAACAACGAGAAGAAACUGGCUUUAGAUAUGGCAACAAACGCAGCUUGUGCUUCCUUGCUUAAGAAGAAACAGAGUGCAGGUACAGUCCGAACACUGAGUAAUGCAGAGGAAUACCUUGAUGAUGAAGACUCCGAUUAGCUUUUUUUACUUAGCAUGUAAAACUAUAACUUGCAUUGUCUCUGUCUUUUUCAAAACAUAUCUCCACAACUGUAAAAAUAUCUCACUUAGAGUAUCGCAAUAUAGCAUAUAAAUGGGAGGGUGAAAUCAUGCUUUGCAAAGGAGUAAGCUUCAUAGCCAGAAGAUGUCACAUUUUAAAUGAGAUUUUAAAUUCCUUUUUGGAAUUAUCAAAGAGAAAGUGUGGCACACCUUUAUCACUGAAUGGGCAGAGGACCAUCUUCUAAACUCUCACGUUUCAUCUCAGGCCUUCCCAGCAAGUGCCUUAUAUUUCUGGAGUACUGAAAGCUCCUUGACAGCAGGACACCACUGCUAACGUUUCCCCAAAUCUCCCUGGGUAUAUGUUCCUUUAUGCAGCUAAUACUGACAGUCCAUACUGGCUGGCAGGCAUAAAUGGAGAUGCUGCUGUAGAGAGGGGUCAUUGUUUGCCUUCAUGGGAGACAGCAUUACAAAGUUUGUGUUUUAAUUUUGGUAAAAUUUUUUCCUUUCCUUCCUCCAGCCCUCUUAGUGAGGUGCAAAAUGACCUGAGACAAUCUGCCUCAGGAAUGCUUUGUCUUCUCUGUUGCUGUGGGCCCAACCCCUAAAAUGUUAAACAGGUGAAAUGCUUGCUUGACUCAGGUUUGCUUUAGAAAUUCACUUGGACUUUGUGGCUUGAUUAUUUUGCUUUUUGAAAUGUAUUAUGCUGAAACUAUUUGUAGUGAAAGGAAGACAGAAUAUUUUUCUAUUUAUCCUGCCUAAAUUUUUUUAAAUACUGAUCUCUUGCUUUUAUUUUUUGCAAGUGCUCUUAUGUCUUGUCCUAAGUUAUCUCAAAGUUUUAAAUGUGUUUGAAGUAAUGAGGGAAGAUGCGCAUCAAAUAUACUGCAGGUAUCUUUAAAAGAGAUACCUGAAGCUGAAUAAAUAUUUUUAAAAUA